CAUCACUCUUUUUAAGGCCUUUUAAAAACUCUGCAGUUUCCUACUUUCCAAGAACAGAGCUUUAGCAUGGCUGUCUCCUCCUCCUCACCGCCCAAUAGCUUCCCCCCAAUACCACCUCCCCCUAAUUACUUACCCUCAACGCUCCCUCUUCAUGCAACACAAUAAUAAACAUUUCUUGCUUGUUCUCUCCUCUACUCUGAUCCUUUCCAGUGAGAUGGCUACGAUGAAGAAAUGUUGCCCUGUUUUUGUUCUGCUCUUCCUCUGUUUUGCAUUUGGUUCUGUUUUGUGUCAAAACCAAGAUUUCUCAGCUCUUUUGGAGGUGAAGAAAUCUUUUACGGAAGACCCAGAAAAUGUUUUGCUUGAUUGGUCUGAAAGCAACGCCAACGUCUGUGCAUGGACAGGGGUGACAUGUGCUUCUAACUCGGUCGUGAGUCUGAACCUUUCGGAUUCCUCACUCGGUGGGUCAGUCUCUCCCUCACUCGGUCUGUUGCAAAACCUACUCCACCUUGAUCUUUCUUCCAACCGCCUUACGGGUCCCAUCCCAACAACCCUCUCCAACCUCACCUCAUUGGAAUCUUUGGUUCUAUUCUCCAACCAACUCACCGGUCCAAUCCCACCGGAAUUGGGUUCCCUCAUGAGUCUCCGAGUCAUGAGAAUUGGCAACAAUGGACUCACUGGUACCAUCCCUGCUUCAUUUGGGAAUCUAGUCAAUUUGGUCACUCUGGGUUUGGCCUCAUGCAGUCUCACUGGUCCUAUACCGCCGGAACUAGGUCGACUUGCUGGAGUUGAGAACAUGAUUCUGCAAGAUAAUCAACUCGAGGGUCCUAUUCCAACUGAGCUUGGGAACUGUUCCAGCCUCACUGUCUUCACUGUAUCUCUCAACAAUCUCAAUGGAUCAAUCCCAGCAGAAUUGGGUAGUCUCCAGAAUCUUCAGACUCUCAACCUGGCUAACAAUACUCUCUCUGGAGAGAUACCCAGUCAACUUGGCGAAUUGAGCCAACUCAUAUACCUCAAUUUUUUGGGGAACCAGAUUGAAGGCACAAUUCCAAAGUCCUUAGCAAAAUUGAGUAAUCUUCAGACUCUGGAUUUAUCUGUGAACAAGCUCGCUGGUGGCAUUCCUGAAGAGUUGGGCAAUAUGGGUCAGCUUCUAUACUUAGUUUUAUCCAACAAUAGUCUCUCUGGCACCAUACCAAGAAAUCUAUGCACAAACACUACCAAUUUGGAGCAACUGUUUCUAUCAUAUGUUCAACUUCUUGGUGAAAUUCCAGCGGAAUUAGGACGCUGUCAGUCCUUGAAACAGCUUGAUUUGUCCAACAACAAGCUGAAUGGAUCGAUACCAGUGGAGCUUUUUCAGCUGGUUGAGUUGACUGAUCUCUACCUGCACAACAACAGCUUGGUGGGAUCAAUUUCUCCGCUCAUAGCAAACCUCACCAACCUGCAGGCACUUGCCCUGUUUCAUAACAACUUACAGGGCAGCCUGCCUGGAGAGAUUGGAAUACUGAGCAAUCUUCAAAUUCUGUAUCUGUACGAUAAUCUGCUUUCUGGUGAGAUCCCUUCUGAGAUUGGUAACUGUUCAAACUUGGAAAUGAUUGAUCUCUACGGUAAUCAUCUCACCGGAGAAAUUCCUGGUACUAUUGGGGGGCUAAAGAAGCUGAGUUUUCUUCAUCUGAGGCAGAACAAUCUUGUAGUAAAGAAAGGCCUCUGGUCUCCUGAAGAAGAUGAGAAACUUGUCAAAUACAUAAGAACCCAUCAUGGCCAUGGUUCUUGGAGUUCUGUUCCAAAACUUGCUGGGUUGCAGAGGUGUGGUAAGAGCUGCAGACUGAGGUGGAUAAACUAUUUAAGACCUGAUCUCAAAAGGGGCCCCUUUAGUGCACAAGAAAAGAAUAUAAUCAUGGAUCUUCAUCGAAUUAUGGGUAACAGAUGGGCUCAGAUAGCCAAGUACUUGCCGGGAAGAACAGACAAUGAGGUGAAGAACUUUUGGAACUCCUGCAUUAAGAAGAAGCUCAUUGCAAAGGGGAUCGACGAUCCCAACACUGAUAACCUCAUUUCAUUAAACACAUAUCAGAUCAUGGACAACAUUUACACCGGCUGGUCAAGAUCUAUGACCACCCAGCUCAAUUCACGUUCUUUGUCAUCAAUCCAUGAAGUUGUAGCCACAACAUAUGAAAACCCAAACCUUGCGGAUAACAUUUGGACAACCAAAGAGCAAAUUCCACAUUCAAUAAUGCCAAUGUCCUUCACGCCAUUUCAUGAGCCAGCAUUGACAGGGGUGGGACAAAAUGAGUGCUUUUGGGGUACUGAGUCCACAAUAAAUGAAGCAAUGACCCAGGUGAAGCUUCAUGAUCAGGAGAAGGCGAUCGGUUGUGAACUUACAGAAUCUUCACUAAUGGAAUUCGUCUCAAGCAGCUAUGAUUUUGAGUUUGAUUACCCUUCUUUUCUUUCCUUUGAUGUCACAAAAAAUACAUUUGAUGGUGAGAUUCCUCCCCAGCUGGGAAAUUCACUUUUGCUUGAGAGGCUAAGACUGGGGCAAAAUCAAUUUACUGGAAGAAUCCCAUGGACAUUUGGGAAAAUCCGGGAACUAACAUUAUUAGACCUCUCAGACAAUUCACUCACUGGAUCCAUAGCAGCUGAGCUUAUGCUAUGCAAGAAAUUGAGUUAUAUAGAUAUGAAAAAUAACUUUCUUUCGGGACCAAUACCGUCUUGGCUGGGUAAUUUGCCUCGGUUGGUAGAAAUUUUUCUUUCAUCCAAUCAGUUUUCUGGGGCUCUUCCUCCGCAACUUUUCAACUGUACCAAGCUGCUGAAGCUCUUCCUUGAUGGCAAUUCCCUUAAUGGUACUCUCCCUGAUGGAAUUGGUAAGCUGGAAUCACUUAACUUCCUCAAUGUGAAUCAGAAUCAACUUUCAGGGCCAAUCCCUCCUACCAUAGGCAAGCUGAGAAACUUGCUUAGUCUGCAGCUGUCCAGAAACGGCUUCGGUGGUGAGAUACCUACGGAACUUGGGGAACUAAAGAAUCUUCAGAGCAUUCUAGACCUCAGCUACAACAAUCUCUCAGGCCAAAUUCCACCUUCUAUUGGGGCGUUGUCGAUGCUUGAAACGCUUAAUCUUUCUCACAAUCAACUUGUAGGAGAAGUCCCUGCUCAAGUUGGUGAAAUGAGCAGCCUGGGCAAGCUUAAUCUCUCCUACAACAAUCUUCAAGGAAAAUUAAGCAAAGUAUUCUCACGUUGGCCUGCUGAAGCAUUUGAAGGAAACUUAGAUCUUUGUGGAAGCCCUCUUGCUGGUUGUAAACUCUCAAGUAAGCAACAGUCAGGCCUGAGUGAAUCAUCAGUGGUGGUAAUAUCCGCAAUUUCAACUUUGGCUGUAAUUGCUCUUCUGGUAUUUGUGGUAGUAAUCUUCUUGAAACAGAGGAAAGAGUUUUACAGGAAAGCCAGUGAAUUGAACUGCAUUUACUCUUCAAGUUCUUCCCAAGCACAGCGAAGACUACUGUUCCAAAAAGGAGCAGGCAAGAGAGAAUUCAAAUGGGGGGACAUAAUGGAAGCCACAAACAAUCUCAGUGAUGAGUUCAUCAUCGGCUCUGGGGGGUCUGGUACAAUUUAUAAAGCUGAAUUGCCAACAGGAGAAACAGUUGCAGUGAAGAAGAUUACAUGGAAAGAUGAUCUUAUGUCGAACAGAAGCUUCAUGAGAGAAAUCAAUACACUCGGGAAGAUAAGGCACAGGCAUCUGGUGAAGCUGGUGGGUUGUUGUAGCAACCAAAGAGCAGGGGUGAAUCUAUUGAUAUAUGAGUACAUGGAGAAUGGAAGUGUCUGGGAUUGGCUGCAUCAAGAACCUGUGAAUAUAAAGAAGAAAAAGAGCCUUGAGUGGGAGACCAGGUUACGGAUUGCAGUCGGAUUAGCUCAAGGGGUGGAGUACCUCCACCACGAUUGUGUGCCAAAGAUCGUUCACAGGGACAUAAAAUCAAGCAAUGUGUUGCUGGAUACCAACAUGGAAGCACAUCUAGGGGAUUUCGGUCUCGCAAAAGCAUUGAUAGAGAACUACGACUCCAACACAGAAUCGAGCUUAUGGUUUGCUGGGUCUUAUGGUUAUAUCGCACCUGAGUAUGCAUAUUCAUUGAAGGCAACAGAGAAGAGUGAUGUUUACAGUAUGGGAAUUGUGUUAAUGGAGCUUGUUAGUGGGAAAAUGCCAACCGACGCAACCUUUGGAGUAGACAUGGACAUGGUGAGGUGGGUGGAGAUGCGAAAGGAAAUGCAAGGCUCUGCCCGCGAGGAACUGAUAGAUCCAGCAAUGAAACCCCUCUUAGCUGGGGAAGAAACUGCAGUAUAUCAGGUGCUGGAAAUAGCAUUGCAGUGCACAAAAACUAGCCCACAAGAGAGACCAUCUAGCCGGGAAGCUUGCGAUCAACUGAUUCACAUAGUCAACAAUAAGAUGGUUGAUUUUGACAAGACGAAUUUGGAUCCUUAUGCAUGAUCCUUUCUAUCAGUUUCGAAGGGUUUAGAGUCUGGGUUGAGUCGGUUGACAAUAAAGGGUCUAACGCAAAUUGCCAUGUUCAGACAAAUUUUCCUGUAUGGAAAUUAUCUGUUGGAAAAUUGAUCUAAAAAGUGAAAAGGGCCUUUGCGGCAAAUAGUUUCAGCUGAACCAAGCACCAAAUGAUUUUUUGUUCAACCAAUCUUCUGUCCAGUUGAAUGAGAUUAUAUUAUAGGUAGUUGUGAUGUUUUUAUCAGAUUCAACUUUAUAAAAUUUUCAAUUUGCA